UCACGAUUCGUGGAAUAACGGUGAAUCCGACCAAUCAUAAUCACCGAUUAGCAUAAAUUUCUCUAUGCUCCCUUUCCGGCACUCGCAUCUGCCCGUGUCCGACACACAGAGAGAGAGAGAGAGAGAGAGAGGUAUACGUGCACGAAGUCAUCGAGAGGAGAAUUUUGAGUCGUGUGCACGUAGGACGAACAAUCAUCAGCGUAUAGGUUAUGUCACGUUAAUACGCGAAAGUAGGAGGAACGGUCUUUGUCAUCACCGUCGCGGCUGAAGGAGCAAGUUUGUCCUUUGUCCGCGCGGAGCACGUUCCUCCUUACGGUGCAUUACGGUAUCAUCUAAAAUUAGUCGACUCUCCGUAUGGCGUGCGGAACGCUACGAGCGUCGUAUUCGCGAGCGUAUCGGCGUAUUCAGGGAUUUUUCAUGUCCAGGAACUGACCGUGUGCGCUCUGGUCGCCAUUUUGCUUCCCCCGCACGUCUGACAUGUCUUUCUAAUGUUAUUAUCGACGAAUGUUGAAAUUUGUGGGUGAGACUCGGUUGUAACGUAACGAGUGGUUCUCUCACGGGAAAAAGAUCGGGGCAAGUCUGAUUGGUCGACGGGCGUAGGUCGCCGUCGUUGUCGUUGUAAUAGCGAUUCCCAUUGUUCCAACCUCGGACCGAGCGAGAGCGCACAGGACCGAUAUACACGGAGCCAGCCUCGUCAGGAUCGCGAUUCACGAGCCGCCGCCGAGGGCAAGUAUGUCGUGAGACUUCGUCCGAGGAAUUCAACUGGCUGCGUCGCCGAGAAACCACGUCGCGAUAACCACGCAAGGUGUCCCGUUGUCGAUGUGACGAGCGAACCUAACCACAACACGCACACCUUCGAUCGGCGACGUGUGUGCGCUCUUAUGUCAACAGUGUCAACAGAUCUCGCUCAAUGAUAUGGCUCUGGACCCGUGGAGAUUAUCGAAAAGUAAUCUGCCAGUUUUCGCCGCUUCUACGCACCGGCGCGCUAUGCAGUUACCCAAACAUGCGUAGGGCAUGUUCGAUGUAGACUACUAUUUUGUGCGAGGCAAGGAUUGUUUUUAUCCUGAUCUAGCCAUGAACUAAGUUCACGCUUGCUGCUCAAACACAGGGAAACUCUAAUUGUUGUCGUAUGUACGUACAAUAUAUAUCCCAGCAGUUCGAAGUACUCGCAGCAACAGCAACGUACAGCUUUAAAUGUAUGAUGUAUAUGCCGAUACGUACGCACUUGUAAUUUAAAGUAUUACGUGUACUUUGUGAGCGUACAUGAGGCGUUAAUUAAACUAACGAAAGGGAGAGCGCAAAGGUUUUGUAAGCUCUGUACGGACUUGUAGAGUUUCACGAGACUUUUGUUCAACUUCGAUACAAAUUCCAUGACUUGUUUGAUCGUACGUAUGCAUAUAUGUUUAGAAAAGAAAGGGACAUUAUAUUAGAAAGAUGUACUCUGGUGACAUGUUAAGAUACUAUAUUAGUGACACGUUACAUACAUACUGAAAUGUGACUAAUAUCGCACAACUGUCUUCUAAUUUAUUCAACUUUGUACAGUCUGGCUUGAGUCGAGCGUAUUAGCCGCGCGAGUGGACUUUGAUCUUUUUCUACUCGGAGAACAUAAUAGCAAAAACGUCUGUGAUACGAUACAAUAAUACAUAUUUUUUUAAUUUUCAUACUCUCAGUAUUAUAUAUUUUUAACGGAUGAUCUAGCUUGUACUUGGAUACUUGGCACAUAGCGUGAACUAAGUUUUAUCUAGAUAGGAAGAGAAGGUUGACUUGGAGGGUUUGAGAAUGCAGGUGGAACAGGUCUGGACAGAAGCAGCAAUCAAUGAAGGUCCUUAUUUCCGAAAACUCAAACAUGGACAAUAAAUUGAAGUUUUCGGAGCGCUUGAAGGCUUUGCUGAAAACCGAGGCUCAUCAAGAUGUAGAUCCGUACAUUUUUAGUGAACCAGAACCGUUCUCUACGGCGGCAGGAAGAAAUGCCACAGUGCAACAAAUUCCAUCUACAAAUUCUAAAGUGAUGCAAAGUUGUAAGAACAGUAAGUCAAAGGGAAAAUGCAUGAAGCAGAAGACGAGGAUAGCGUCUGCGGCGGAGCCGGGCUACUGCACGACCGUCGGUGUCAACACCGUGACAGAGGGGAGCGUCGAGGCUGAUAUCGGCGAGAAUCUAGAUCACAAAUUUUCAAGUUUGGUUCAGCAUAAGCAGCGACAUAUUGAGAAUUUGCAGAGACUACGAUCCAGAAGGCAAAAUCGGGACCACACUCUGUUGUAUUAUCCUAGAGCUGGGGACGAGAUAUCCGACAGCGAAUCGAGCGGGGAUGAGAUGAUGAUUUAUCAGCGCCACUGGUUCCCCGGCGAAUCCUCCACGACGUUGAAUCGCGCAGCCCGACUGUCCCAGGUGCGUUCGCAGCUGCAACGACGAUUACUUCAGUUGGACACCGUUGGACCGGACGCUGAGGUUCUCCUGCGACACCGAGUCAGAUGUUUGUUGGAGGCUGCUUGCAAAGAUCCCGCUUCUACCGCGAGGGCUCUGAGCGAUUCUCCGGGUACCAGCAAGGUGCUCGACGGACCACUAUUAGUCGGUGGACCAUGUGGAGCGGAAGGAUGUCAGCAAACAUCGUUGCCUUGUACACGGCACUGUUCCCGCCACAUCAUGCUAAACGGAGAUCAGCUUCUAUUCGAGCAUUGCACUGCCAAAUUUAGUGACAACACACAGUGUUGUAUUCCUGUGUUUGACGUUGCACACGAAUUACCUCUCUGUCCGGAGCAUGCCAGGAAAAGGGACAAUUAUCACCGUAAAGCCCAAGAAUCCAAACCAAAGAAAGCACGUAAAAAGCCAGCCUCGCCCACCAUCCCGAGGCCUAAGCCUAAAUCCAGACCGAAGAAGCGCAAGCGACCGCCCUCGAGCAACAAAAUAGAGACUAAGGGUUCCGCAUUGAUGCACGAGGAGAGUCAUUACAUGAGCCAAAUAAACUGUAGUGAAAAUCAUACCAAGACAUUAAAUAAUUUGAAUGUUCCACAGGGAAGUUCAAAUACGUCUAACUUAAAUCUAGGGUUGGGAUUAGGCUCGCUCGGGCUGGGCGGCGGACUCAAAGUCGAGCUUGGAGAUCACGAAGUGUUCGCUUCUUUGGAUUCCGCUGAGCAUGACUUCGGCAAUGUGCUCAACAACUUACCCGCCGAUGCUUUUAACGACUUAUUUAUUGAGGGUAGGAACGGGGAGUACGAACCGUCGAGAGAGGAAGAGGAGGAAUUGGAGCGAGCCCUGGAAGAAGUUGAUAAAGACGUACGAAAUUUGGAGAGGAUAACGGGGCAAACGCAUGGACUCUUAGAGCCGGCUUUGCUCGCUCAGCUUAUGUCGGACAUUGCCUCGUAGCCCCACCAUUCUUAAUGUAAUAAUUUGGAAACGAGUUCGCGUGUGUUCCUCAUAACGUAGAGACAAGUACUGUUCGUGUCUGUGCUGCUAAAAUGUAAGAUUGUGUUGUAGACUGUCAUUAUGUAGCCUCGCAAAUCCGAGAUAAUGACAGUGAUCGACAUACAGAAAGUAAAAGGAAAAAAAAAAAUGAAGCAGUAGCAAAACUCUUAUGAAUUUAGCGUAAACAGCAUCGGGGGUACAGCACCACGGAUAGAUUUAUGUGAAACGAGUAGCGACGUAAAAAGCCGAAAAUUCCAUCCUUUUUGACAAAUAACCACGGACAUUUUCUGUCAUCGUCAUAACACUUGCAACAUAUUUGUAGCUUAUUCGCGGACAUUCUGACUUGCACCCGAGAAAUUCGCUUAGAAAAAUUGUUGUAGUCGUAAUAAUACAUGUGAUGAUUUUUAAGGAUACGGCAGAUGUACGGCAAGAAGAGUAGAGGAAACGAACAAUAUUACACAAAUGGUUCGGGCUAGGUUCCAAUACAUACGAGGUAAAAGUACGCAAAAGUUACGUACUUUCAAUUUUUAUACACGACUUGUUUUUACUAAAAACGAAGAACACAUAUACACCACACACACACACACACACACACACACACACACACAAAAGAAUUAUCUAAAUUACGUUACUAAUAUAGCUCCCAUAUUUAUUGAACUACAGAUAAUGUUUAGCUAAUUGCCGAUUAUUCAAAUAAUAGGUACAAGAAUAUUUUGUAUGACUGAUUUGUAAUGAUUUUAUCUGUUGUCUCAGUUCUACUAUAUGUAGCAGUUGUACAAUAGAAAUUCUGAUUUAUAAAUAUUUAGCUACCCCGAUUAUAAAGUACCGAAUAACUAGGGCUUUGAACAACAUAACACUCGCGAAAGAUGAUUUGGUAAUACCUUUCUUGUCAUUAAGCGAAAUUAUCGUGGCCAUUGUCUAUUCGCAAGAUUAUUUUCACGGUGGGUUUCGUGAAGGAACGAACGAUUUAAUGAGGGAUAUAUCAUACGCAGCAUCAUUUGUUAAAAAAAAAAAAAAAAGAGAAAAAAAA